AUGGCCACAAGCCCCAAUGUGCCAAUGGAGUCGUCCACAACAAACGCGGCCAACUGUGAAGAACUCGCUUUCGAAAAUGGGUGUGCAUCCGGAGAAAGAGUUCCACCAGAACCCCCCGAUGGCGGAUAUGGGUGGAUAUGCUUGAUCUGUUGUUUUGCUGUCAACUGCUUCACGUGGGGUGUUGUUGCGUCAUACGGGGUCUUCCUGUCCUACUAUCUUUCUGCCCCUAUUUUCCCGGAGGCCAAACCACUCGACUACGCUUUUAUUGGUGGGUUGAAUUUCGGAGCGGCUAUGCUUGUGGCACCACUCGUGACAGUAUUAGUUCGGUCACUUGGAAUGCGACUUCCCAUGUACGCCGGGGCUGUCAUGCUUGGAGGAGCUUUUAUCGCAGCCUCUUUCUCAUCUCAAAUUUGGCACCUCUACGUCUCCCAAGGGCUGCUUGUGGGUUUUGGCGUGGGAUUCAUGUAUAUCCCCAGCAUUCCUGUUCUCUCGCAGUGGUUUGCCCAUCGAAGAAGUCUGGCCAACGGUAUCAGCGCGGCAGGGUCUGGUAUUGGCGGAUUGAUCUUUUCAUUUGCGGCUGGGGCAAUGAUUGAUAAUUUUGGGCACGCUUGGUCAUUGAGAGCUAUUGGGCUCAUAGCUUUAGCAGCAAAUUUGCUGUCUGCCACGUUCAUCCGCGACCGGAAUGCUAUUGUUCGCCCGAAGCAGCACCCAUUCGAUCUCGAUCUAAUCCGGCGUUGGGACGUCUUCUUCCUACUGGCGUGGUCGUUCAUUAGCAUGUUAGGCUAUGUUACCUUGCUUUAUUCGCUGUCUGACUUUGCACUCUCAAUUGAUCUGUCUCGCAAACAAGCUACGCAGAUUACAGCCUUCCUCAAUUUGGGAACCGCAGUUGGAAGGCCUUUCAUUGGUGUUGCCAGUGACCGCCUUGGUCGAUUCGAGAUAGCAAGCGGUCUCACCUUGCUUUGUGGAGUGUGCUGCUUGGGACUCUGGGUCCCAGCUUCGUCAUUUGGCUUGACCGUCUUCUUUGCCAUAAUAAGUGGUGCGAUCCUUGGUGUUUUCUGGGUGGUAAGGCUAGGUCAAUGUAUUUCUAAGGGUUUAUCACUAACGACCGGCAGACUAUUGGACCACUCUGCGUCGAGGUUGCUGGCUUGA